AUGACACUGAUAGCCGGACCAAAGAGGGAGGAUGUGAGCAAAACUUCUGUCAAGCUUCUAAAUUUCUUGGGGGACUGGGGACUGAGGGUCUCCCAGAAAAAGAUGCAAUUUGUGGGAAAAGAGGUGAAAUAUUUAGGCCACCUCAUUAGCGAAGGUAGCAAGAAACUGGAUCCAGCCCGAAUUUCCAGAAUACUCCAGAUUCAGCUCCCCAAGACUAAGAGAGAAUUGCGGAAAUUCCUGGGGCUGUGUGGACGGAGGGAUGGCUCUGGGAGUGUUAACCCAACAAUGGGAGAGGCAGUGGAGGCCGGUGGCUUUUCUUUCCAAGAUCUUAGAUCCAUGGCUCAGGGGUGGCCUACCUGUGUGCAGGCUGUGGCUGCCACGGUCAUCAUGGUAGAAGAGAGCAGGAAACUGACAUUUGGGGGCAGCCUGGUUGUCAGUGUUCCUCAUCAAGUCAAAUCUAUUCUAAAUCAGAGGGCUGGGAGAUGGUUGACAGAUCCAAGGAUCCUCAAAUACGAGGCCAUUCUACUCGAAAGAGAUGACCUGAUACUCUCCCAUGACACUAAUCAGAACCCAGCCGCAUUCCUGGUGGGAGAACCUGAUGUGGAGCUUAAGGAAGGGGGACAUAGUUGCAUGGAACUGAUUGAUUUUCAGACAAGAACCCGAGAGGAUCUACAGGAGUCUCCCAUCCCUGACAGUGUCAAUUUGUUUAUAGAUGGCUCUUCCCGAGUGGUGGAAGGGAAACGGAGAAAUGGCUAUGCAAUUAUCGAUGGAGACAAAACGGCUGUGGUAGACCUGGGUGAACUUCCCAAUCCUUGGUCAGCUCAGACCUGCGAAUUAUAUGCACUAAGUCGGGUCCUGAAACUCCUGAAAGGCAGAGAAGGGAAUAUCUAUACAGACUCCAAGUAUGCCUGGGGAGUCAUACAUGUAUUGAAGGAUUUACAUCUACCCAAAGCCCUGGCUGUAGUAUAUGUAAAUGGCCACCAAAAGCGAAGCUCUUUCAAGGCUAGAGGGAACUGUCUGGCUGACGAGGAGGCAAAAAGGGCUGGAGAACUCGGGCAGAGAAUGACCGACCCUAUAUUGGUCCUGAUUCCUACGUUUCCUUCUAAUUUGAAGCCUGUAUCCCUAUCGGAGAAAGAGGCAAAGGGGGCCCAAGAUUUGGGAGCCCAGAAGGAUGAGCACGGGAUGUGGGUUCUCCCAGAUGGAAGGAAGGUCCUUAAUGAAGCCACAACAAGACAGGUAUUACAGCACCUGCACCAAGGUAGCCAUUGGGAUGUCCAGAACCUGUGCGAUGCAGUACUGGUAAAGUACAUCUGUCCUGGUAUUUAUACACUCGCCCGGCAGACAGUCGAUGGCUACAUUAUUUGUCGAAGGACGAAUAAGAACACCCAGCGACGCCGCCCUUCGGGAGGUCGGCCUCCAGGAAUUCGACCAUUCCAGAGUAUCCAAGUGGACUUCACCGAGGUGCCCCCUGUGGGUAGGCUGAAAUACCUAUUGGUGGUAGUGGAUCUCCUCACGUCCUGGGUGGAGGCCUUUCCCCUGGCUCAGGCCACCGCUACUGCGGUGAGUAAAGCCCUCUUGGAACAAAUCAUUCCCCGAUAUGGAUUGAUACAGAGAAUUGACUCAGACCAAGGAACCCAUUCCACUGCUCGGGCCCUCCAGUCUUUGAUGAAAGCCUUAGAAGUUUUCUGGGAUUUGUAUACUCCCUGGCACCCUCCCUCCUCGGGCAGGGUGGAAAGGAUGAAUCGGGAAAUCAAGAAACAGCACACCAGGUUGAUGAUAGAGACACGACUCCCCUGGACAAAAUGCAUACCAUUAGCUCUCCUCCGCAUUAGGACCAAACCCCGCAGGGAUAUAGGAUUAUCCCUAUAUGAACUCUUAUAUGGUCGCCCCUACCCAGCUAGACUGUCCAAAGAUAGAUUUCUGAAAGAAUAUGUACAGUCUCUGUCGAGCUAUUUGUUUUCCCUACAGAGGAAGGGGAUUAUCGCUCAAACCCCUCCGAUGGGAUAUCCUGUACAUAAGUUCCAGCCUGGCGAUUGGAUCCUCAUUCGGGCGUGGAAGGAGGAGAAACUGAUGCUGAUCUGGGAAGGCCCGUUCCAGAUAUUGCUCACCGCAGACACAGCAGUGCGGACUAAAGAAAGAGGCUGGACUCAUACUAGAGUGAAGGGACUUGUCCAACAAUCUUUAGAGUGGACAAUUGCCUCCUGCGAUCCUGACCGUAUGAAGAACACCAUCCGGAGAGGACCCGGAGAGACGGAUAUCCCUUGGGAAUAA